GACCCCAAGCCAGGCCUGAGCGGGCAGAGGCUCCUAAGGAAGAGGAGUGGGCUCUCCCACUGGGCACAGGCUCUCACACCUGCGGGCACUGAGGGGCACUCUGCAGGUCACAGUCCACGUAAGGCUGGUGCUAACGGGGCCUGCAUGCUAACCUGUCAGCACACACUGCCAACUCUGACCUUUACUCUCCUCAGUGUGACCAGGAGACAUGGCACACCUCCUCCCCCCACAGAGAGCCAGGGGCCAGUGUUACACUGGCCACUGAGAGGAAGCCUAGGAAUUGGCAGGAGUGCUCUGUCUGCACGUCACCUCCCUGCCUGGUGCCCUAGAAAAAAGUUCAUUUCUCUCCCCACCUUCCCAUCUGCCACGUGAUCACUAGGAGAACCUCGCUGGCCAUGGCCUUCCUAAACAAGACCAGCCCCAGGAAGACCCGGCGGGAGGCCUGUCCCGGCUCACCCCUGCCUAGGGGUGUUCCCCUCCUCCUCCUGGGACUCAACUAUGGCCCCCAGGCCCGGGCCUGCACCGCUGCUGGCAAUGGAUGGGCAGGGAGCCGAGACCACCUGCUGGUGCGACCUCUUCAAGCCCGGCAACCACUCCUUUUGUCUCCCAGGAGAGGACAUUUGCCAGCAGCUGCCCCAGACCCAAAGGCUGCUGGCCUCUGGACCACCCACUUCGCAGUUGAGGAAACCACGGCAAAGGAGGCUCAGACCAUGGCCUUGCAGAGUGCUCGCCCCACCCUGGGGCUCCUCAGGACCCCCACCCACGGCCUCCUGCUCCUGCUUCUCAGCCUCAGGUGGGUGCAACUUUCCUGGGCCCAGACUGCAGACACAGGACAGGGUGUCAUGACCCCAUGGCUGCAACGUACCUCCCAGGACCUGUCCUGGCAGCAGUCUGAGCCGAUCGUCAUUCUCCGGAGGGCUCUGCAGGGCACAGAGAAGAAGGCCUGUCCCCCGGGGAAAGAGGUCCAUGUGGUGGAUGAAAACCUCGUCUUCUACAUGGAGUGGGAGCUGGAGGCCUGUGUGGAUGGCGCCCUGCUGGCUGAGCAUAUGGACCGGGUGAACGCGAUUCCCUUCACCUACCAGCAGCUUGACAUUUUAAAGCGCAAAUUGGACCAGGCCUACCCACAGGGGUACCCUGAGUCCCUGAUCCAGCACCUGAGUUACUUCUUCCUUGAGGUCACCCCCGAGGACAUCCGCAAGUGGAAUGUCACAUCCCUGGAGACCGUGAAAUCUCUGCUUAAAGUCAGCACAGGGCGAAAAGUGGAUGCUCAGGUGGCUGCCCUGAUUGCCCGCUAUCUGGUGGGAGGGGGCCGGCUGGACAAGGCCACCCUGGACCUGCUGGCCAGCUUUCAUCCUGCCUACCUCUGCUCGCUCAGUCCCGAGCAGCUGGGCUACGUGCAGCAGGAUGUUGUCUGGGUGGUCAGGCCUCAGGACCUGGCUGCGUGCCGUCCACCGCAGAUGGAGGUCCUCUAUCACAAGGCCCACGCUGCUUUCCGGAACAUGAGCGGUUCUGCAUAUUUUGCAAGGAUCAAGCCCUUCCUGGGUGGGGCCUCCACGGAGGACUUGCGGGCUCUCAUUCGGCAGAACAUAAGCUUGGACAUGGCCACGUUCAAGAAGCUGCGGAAAGAGGCCUUGCUGCCGCUGACCAUUGCCGAGGUGCAAAAACUUCUGGGUCCAAACCUGGAGGGCCUGAAGGCAGAGCAGGGGAACAGCCCUGUGCGGGACUGGAUCUUCCGGCAGCGGCAGAGCGACCUGGACAGCCUGGGGCUGGGGCUCCACGGCGGCAUCCCCAACGGCUACCUGGUCCUAGAUCUCAACUUUCGAGAGGCCCUCUUGGGGGGCUCCCACCUCCUUGGACCUGGAUCUGCGUUCACUGUGAUCCCCGCUCUGCUCCUGGCUUUGCUGCUGAACUGAGCUCACUGCCCUGGAGGCUGAACGGGGCCCUGCUGUGGAGAUUCCCGCUGGUGGGAGCGGCCUGGGCGGUCCCUGCUCCAUCCCGGGGGUUGGGGCUCAAUAAAAGAGAACCCGU